AACAAGGAUCGAAGAAGUGGAAAGAGGGGGACAGAUGAAGAGAGAGGGAGAAAAGAAAUUGAAACAGAAAAGAAAAGCAUAUCAACAACAGAGGUCUGUGCUUUUUACGUACCAACUGUAAUUGAAAAGAAACAACAAUGAAUUGGUUAGUUUGAAUGUACAAAAGGGAACUUAACCUUUAAUUAUGUUGUCACGAAAUUCAAUGAAUGAAGAGUGCAAUGAAGAAUAUAUCGAAGAUUCUGAGAUACUUAAUCAGAGUCGUUCCUAUAACGUAUUAAAAGCUGAAUACGAAAAAUGCAGACAAGAAAAUCAUGAUCUAAAACGAAAACUUCGAGUAAACGAAGCAAUGCUACGAGAGGUUCAUGAGGCAAAUGAAAUACUUGAACGUUCUCAUGAUCAACGAAUUUCCGAAAAAAAACAAUAUAUUUUAAAAGUCGAUGAAAAACAUCGCACUCUCGCGAAAGAGUAUGAAAACACAAUUUUGAAUCUAGAAACGAAAUUAGAGCAACAAGCGGAAGAAAUUGAAAAAUUACGACAAUGUGCUGAUCAACGUAUAAAGACGGAAUGCGAAGCUGUUAUCGUAGAUCAAUUCGAAAAUCUUUCUUUCGAAACAGACAACAUCUCCUUAAAAAAACGCGUCGAUGAACUUUUAUCGAUACUACAGGAAGAAAGGAAGAAAUAUGAAUACGCGGAAGAGUCGAUCGCUGAAUUAAAAUCUCGAUGCGACCAUUAUGAACAUUAUACUCGAAGUAUCAAAGAACAACUAGCGGAGAAAGAUCAAACUUUGGAAGAAAUUCGCGCAGAGCUUUCUUUGAAACGUACAGAGCUGGAAUCACUUCAAAUGGAUCCUACAUGUAAAUCACACAAAGGCAAUUCAAUAUUUGCUGAAGUUGAAGAUCGUCGGCAGAAUGUAAUGAAUAAAAUGAAUGUAUUACGUGAAAAGUAUAUGGAACUCAAACGCAUAUGUAAAUCACAAAUUAUGGAAAUCAAAAAACUGAGAACAGAACGUGUUGCAACACUUAGGAAGUUGGAUAAUGACGCAGAUCAUACAUUUACAGAAAAUGAAGAAUUAGUUAAGAAAUACAAAAGUAGAAUAUCAGAUCUUGAAAACAAAUUGAAGAUUGAAAUUAAGAAAAAUAGUAAUUCAAAACAAUUGAAUUGUAACGAUACAUCUUUUAGGUAUUUUCAAUCUCUGGUAGAUACUCAGAAAAAAGAAAUGGAAGAACUUCGUAUAAAAGUUGAAGAUCUUUCUACAAAACUUCUGAUGCAAGAAGAAACAAAAAUGAACAUUACUAAACAAUUACAUUAUUGGCGUUACAAAGCUUCAUCUUUGGAGGUUCAAAUGUACGCUAUGCAAGCAGAAUUGAGAUUAGAUCUUAUGAAUGAUGCAGAACAUGGAAUUUCAAAUGUACCCAAAGAUCUCACACAUAGGGCAGAACAUGAAGUUUCAAAUGUACUCAAAGAUCUCACACAUAAGUAUAAUACUGGUGCAACAAUUGACGAAAAACAAUCGACUUCUAACCAAAGAAUAAAAGGUUCUGCUCAUGCACUUCCAUUAAAUUAUUCUCUUGAAAUUGAGCAUACUGGUUGUUCAAUUGAGAAUCCAGAAGAAUAUAAAACCCACAAACAAUUAACAGACAAAGAAAAUAGCAACAGUACUAGCAGUGAUGUAAAAGUCAAGAUUAUUACACCAAAAAAAUCAUGCAAAUUUGAACAUAACCAAAGUACUAAUAACGAUGAGAACAAACCUUUCCACUCUGUGGAGAAUACAGCCAUUAAGAAGAGUAAGGUCUCACCAAGCACAACAGAACAUGAAUAUCCUGUUGUUUACAUACCAACUAAUUUCAAUGAUUAAUAAAAAUUUGUUAUAUAACAUGCAUACCCGAUAUAGAGAAAUAUUUUUUAAUUUUUAUAUACAAGUGACAAUAAACGUAAUAAAGCAGCUAUUAUCUUA